AUGGCUAUCGGCCAGAGAAUCUCCUGUGGGCUGACCAUGUUGGAGUGGGUACAGAGACACUUUGGGCUCUCUAGUUUCUUGUUGCUUUGGGCUUUUAGCCCAGAUUGGCACAUGGCGUUAACUGGAUGGGGCUCCGUUGCUGUGUGCGGGGCACCUGUAUGUGGACUUGCUACAGAAAGUCAGAAACCACUGAACUUCUGUCCACAAAUUAAAGUGAAAAAAUCGGAUCAAUUUGGGAUUGGGUUUGAAGAAAUAUAUUUUGUUCGAUUUUUUUCUUGA